AAGGAUGCCGGGAAUGCCAUACCCGGAAGUGUCCUGGCAACCCAAAAGAACGUGGCCAUCUUUUAAUUUGCAAAAUGGGCGCUGCGGGUGAGCUUCAGUGCUUGGUGAGUUUUCUGUGGUUGGUUUGUCUAAGUUUGAGCCUGGGUUCGGUGACGUGGGAGGGCCAUAGUUCAGACAAGAGACCUGUUGUUAUCAUGGACGACAUUUUGCCACGCGACUCUGUAAAAGGUAUACGGGGAUACAUGUUACGGCUGGCCUGGACAUUCAGCAUCAGGGAUGACUUCCACACAUUCGACUCCAACAACUUCCUGAACAGUUCUGAUCACGGCAACUACACGAACGCCCCCUGGCAAUCCACCCUGCCCACUGCAGCUUUCCGCGAGAGCAAAUCGUGGCGGGCGAUGAACACCUUUCUGAAGGAAAAGCGCGGGAAAGAUUUCAGACCUACCGAUGUGAGGGGGUACAUUCUCAACCGGGGCGACUUCCCCUUGUACCAGAAUCGUUGCGUGGACGAGGAGGACUACAGAGUCGUGGUGUUUCUGAACGACGUUUGGCGGAAGAAUUGGUACGGACAUCUUACCAUACACGACGAGCUCGGGCGAAUGCAUGCGGCGCAUCCCAGGUACGGUCGUGUGGUCUUCGUGCCGUGCGACUUGAGUUUCGUCAUGAAGCCUCCCGCCAUGCAGUUCGCUCCCGCCCUGUACGCUUUGGUUGUCAUGGCAACGUCGCGACAGACGACAGAAGAGAUUGGGGACAAUUUCUCCGAUAAAAUGGUGGACGUUGGAAGUCUGACUGAGGAGGAGUUCCCUGAUGAGGAGGACUUCCCACAACCAGACGAAGGAGGCCGCCGAGAAAUAGACGUGGAAAAACACGUCACAAGAAGGUUCAGCCUACCUGACGGCAGAACCAUCACUGUUCUGGAUAAUGUCUUCACUCCCGACGAAAUUCUCACGCUGACCGACUACCUGGCCGCGAACUGUACCUACAUGGACCAGGGUCCGACUGAGGGCUCUGAUAAUGUUCGCUGGAUCACAGGUUUCAGUAUUGACGCGUUCGUUAAGAGUUACUUCUGGCGGGCCAGUCGUGAGAUCGUGAGCCACGUGAGCGGGAAGAGCGGGUUCUACCCGUACGACGUGGCGCUGAACCUGAUCCGCCUGGCCGACCACACCAAGAUCCACGACGACUGUGAGUACGGCGAGGACGAGUACACGCUGCUGCUCUACCUCAACAGGGACUGGGAGGUGGACAAGUUGGGAGAAACUGCGUUCUUUACUGACGAUUUCGAGCCGUUCAUUGCGGUGAAGCCUGCGUACGGACGUGUUGCCGUCUUCCCCUGCUCCAUUCUGCAUUCCGCAAGACCGCCCAGCGCUCGGAUCAACGGUGCUAGGUACAGUUUCGCCCUGAAGCUGUCUCCCAGUCUGGGGUCAGGACGAGCGCGGGAACUACGAGACGACACCGACGAGUUGAGAGAACAGAUGGAAGACUUGGAAGACUUCCUGUCUCCCGAAGAAAAGGCCGAGAUUUUAAAGGCUUUGAAAGACGCAAAAAACGGAAACGGUGACGAAAAACUAGUGGCCAUUUUACUCUCAAACCUUGAGUGGAGAAACAAGCAGAGAUAUUUGUCGUAUAUUUGAUAGGAGUAGCUUUAUGGUGUCAGCAGCAUUUGUUUGAAGUCCACACCAAUUUAAUUUCUUGGUUAACGGAUUUUUCUAGAAAAAUAAUGGAGCGGGCGGGAGAAAAAAUAAAUAAAUAAAAACAGGC